AUGGCGGACAAAGUGGCGGAAGAGUCCAAGGUGGGUAGAUUUUUUCAGCCUUUUAAGAACUGUCUAUACUGUCUACGUUAUUUGUAAAGGACCUGGAAAUUAUUUGUCUCAUGUAUUAUUUCUAAAGACUAUCUAAAAUUGGGCACUUAGCGCUAUUUAAUUGUAGAAUACCUACAAUUUCUCGGCGCUCCACUGAUCACUAGCCCCACUGACAACUGAUUAAUGACUUCCCCCCACUGACUUGGGUCCCAUUGACUUGGGCGUACCGGUACGUGCGGUGUGUUAUGGAUCAUGUAGUUAUUAUCAAUGGAAAUACAUACUGGCUGUAGUUUCAUACUUUUUUGUUCCACAAACAGUGCCAACACGUAUGUUUGUAUUGUGGAGCAAAAAUGGCUUUGAGGCGUAGUAUUAUAUUACUGUGUGGGCAUUGUAGUGUCGCGGUCUCAAGGGAACAGCCUUUGAAGAUCUAAUGAUAAUAUAAAUACACGAGUGUAGAGCUGGCCUCAAGGGACUUUAAAGUAAGAACAAAUUAUCAGAAGUUUGAUUAUUUAAGUAAACAAGACAAUGUGAGACUGGGAAAUGUAAAGACCAUGCAAGACACUACAUUAGGGAUGUAACGAUUCAUAUUCCGUACGAUUCGAUUCAAUUUCAAUUAUUCCUAUUUCCAUUUUGAUUAUGUAAAUGUUUUGUAAUUCUUAUAACAUAAUGCAUAUUACAAACAACGUGCAACCCUUAACCCUCAAUUUGAGAAUGGUAAUAGGGACAGGAGGAUUCACAGCUGCUGGAUCGUAUGCAUUGCCAUGUUUGCAUGAGAACCUGACAAAGAGUGUUUCACACAUGGUUUGCCUUCUUGGGAAAUUCUCAAGGAGUGGUCAAAAGACAGCAUUUUUUUCAGGCAACACAAAAUGGCGCAUUAACUGCAAUCAUCUUUGCUCAGCAAUCAAAAAAUCCAAAAUUUUAAAGAGUUCUGGAUUCUGAUUUUACAAUAAUUAUAACAACUCACUGAGAGCACCCUGGAAAAGGUGUGAAAAAAAUCUAAUCAAAAUCGAAAUGUGGAAGAAAAGAAUCGUGAAUCAAACCAAACGGUCAUAAUUGUGAUUAAUCAAGAAUUUGAUUAAUCACUACACUACAGGUAGAUAAUUAUAUAGCUUGCUGGUAUUGUAAAUCAACUAUAAGCCAGUGAAAGACUCACAGCCAUGCUAGGGAAGCUACUAAUACUAAACCCCAGCCCCCCAUGAAUUUCCCACAUUAUUUUUCAUGCUAAUUAUACAAGGUUUUGCAAAAUGCCAGCUACAACUGUAGAUAUUUAUUUAGGAGAGGUCAAGAUUAAUAGAAACUGCAUCUCUAAGCCUUAAACUUGUACAUGUACUGUAUGCAGUAAGUUGUGUAUUAAGCCAGUUUACUAAUUCUUUGUUUUGUAAUUCCCUUACACAAAAAAUCUAGAAUUUAAAGCUACAACUACAGUCAUUUUUGAGUGGUAAGGAUGAAUCAGGACAAGUUUUGUCAAGUGUAGAGAAGGCACAGUGUGCUAUUGUGCUUCUUCACUCCCUUCCUUGUGCAAGACAUGCUGUCUUGGAGCAACUCUGUGAAGUGUUUCAUGAAGCUGUUCAGAAGUACAUGGUGGAAUUAGAAAGACAGGCAUUAUCUGGUGAGUUCUAUUUUCUGGAGACUAAAAGUUUCAUUAUUUGUCAUAUUGAAACUUUUUUACAUCUUGAAUUUGCUUGUGGCUGACCAUUUUAUUUUUUGAAUAAGUCAGCAGCAUAAUGUGGGUGUUAACUGAACGUUUGAUUCGAUUGUUGAAAUAACACAAGAACAAAAGACUUGUGGGUUUCUUUGAUGGAAGUUUAACAUAUGAGUAUGGUAAAUCAAAUUAUUGAUCAUUAUAAAUAAUUAGUGGAAAUCAUUUUGUUGACUGUAUGAUCUCAACUUUAAAAGGCUCUACCAAGCAAGCAAGAGCAUUCAUUUGGAUAUUUUUGUUAUUUCCAAGUUCAGCUUUUAUUUCUUACUGCGUUGAAGUCUGGCUUGAACACUCUCAGUCUGUUAAGCUCUUAUAACCAAGUGACAUUUAAGAAAAUAAUGGUGGCAGUAAUACAUUAAGUGAGGCUUUGACCAUCUUUUUGAAAACAUUACCAAAGUUUCUGACCCUGAAACUCUCCAUUCUUUUAGGAAUCACAGGUUAUCCUGAUGUCCUGGAGCCUGAGUUAUUAUCAGCUUUGCAGAAUGUCAGUGAAGUAGUUUGCAGAUUUGUUGAUAAUAAUCCUAGUGCUUGGGCUCCACUUAUUUGCCAGGUAAUAAUGUUUUAGUAAUUUUUUCGUUCCUCUCAGCUUGGAAUUGGACCCAAAUUCUCUUAAAACCUCUUGUUAUGUUUGUUCGUUUUAUUUUGCAGUGGUCAUUAAAUCUUCUUGGACAAGUUGUCACUAAAAAUAAUGGCAGAAGAGGUAAGAUACAUGACAACAACAACAACUGAACAACAAAAUUUUACAUGAAGGAAUAGGUGAAAUUAAGAGUAGGAAUGAGAGUAGUGCAGAAUAUUUUACGUUCCAAAAGUGUUUUAAUCCAGUGUAAUUGAGUUAAGUGUACCAUAACCUGUAAAAUAUUAGGCUUCAAGUAAAAUGAAAUUCGGAACCCUAAGUGAAAUAAUAAAGUUUUUUGUGGACAACAGAUAUCAGUUCAGUUUUUGCAAAAAUUUGAAGGCAGACGGCAUCCCUCCAAACAGUGUAACAUAUAGAGAUAAAUGUUGUUUGAAAGGCUCCCAAACUCAUCAUCACCAUCAGGUGCCAUCUACUAGCAGGGCUCGAAAUUAACUUUUUUGUUCGGGAGCCAGCUGGCGACUAACGGAAAAAUUUUGGUCGCCAGAUCGUAAAUUUUGGUCGCCAACUUAUUUUAUAUAUAACUUACACAAGAACACGAUUUUAUACGUUACUUUGCAUGCAAGAAAAGUCACAACUGAAGAGCGAAAACAAUUAGAAACAACACGAGUAACACUUAGUUAUAAAGCUACCGUUGUUCUCAGGUGAUAUGUCUCUGGUCCGAAGGUGAUGGUUGUCUCCAUAGUCAUUUUAAAUGAAGCGAAGCAUAAAACGUUUUAAGUCCGUGGUUUUCAUUCUGAGACAAACACGGGUCCUUGUGUAUUUGCCCUUUGCUACUUCUACGAAAUGCCGUUCUUUAUUUUCGACUUGCUUUCCUCAACGCCUUUCGCUGCCGACAAACAACGCCAUGCUUGGCCCAGGCCUCUACGCAACCACAUUGCUCGUACCAGUCUCCGACCGGGAGGAAACAAAAAUGGGCUUAGUGCAGUUUUUGGGUCUUCGUUUCCUUUUAGACAGAACGUUUUAGGAAAAUAAAACCUAAAAUGUUGCGGGAGUUACGGAGACACCGUAUCUGCCACCAUUUUUGUUGUUGAAGUGCGCCUGCGAUCCCAGUUUCGGAAGAAGCCGCUGAAACAAUAUGGCGCGCCCUGAACGCAGUAUCGACGUGUCGAUUAUCUUGUAAUAUUCAGACAUUAUUUUACUGGGGACGGAAAGGUGAGUUGUAUACUAGCUACCAUAUCCGAUUGAUUUCCAAAUAUAAAGAUUUAAAAACAAAAGUUGUGUCGUGGUUUUCUUUAGUCAUCGGACAAAACGCGAGUCGCCAGCUGGCGACCAGUUCUGAAAAUUUAGUCGCCAGUGCUCAAUUUUUGGUCGCAUUGGCGACCAGUGAGUCGCAAUUUCGAGCCCUGUAGUUUGUAGAUCAGCUAUCAUGGAUCUCCAGCUGUUCCGAUCUUCCGCUCUUCUUACACAUCCAUUAUAGGUGUGUCCUAACCAUUCUUUGAUGUUUUUCAUCCAGGUAAACUCACAGUGAAUUAAUGUGAAUCAAGAUAUUACAUUGAAUAUAAAAAUCAUAUCUAAAUAAUACAGAAAUGUAUUUAUUUAGACACUCACCUAUUUUUUAGGUGUCAGUAUCACCAUGUCACUUAGUGAGGGUCUCCACAAAUGGAUGCUAUUUCCUGCAGUUCAGAGAUUAAUGGACAUUGCAGUUCACUGCAGUUCAAAGUUGUAAGUCGACUACAUGGUUGUAGUUAUGAUUAUUGUCUGCGUGCCUCUUUAACAGAUAUAUACCUCUAACUUGUUAAUACUGAUGCAUAUUUUUUUAAAAAAUUUGAUGUUGCCAUCAAAUGGUUGAACAGACCUUUCCAAAGUUUUUCUCAACUUUUGACAUGGACAAGUUAGAGAAAAUCUGUCACCUCCGCUGGAAAGAGCACCAUUAGUAAAAUUACCAAGUUUGAAAGUGAUUUGUUGAAAACUAAUGAAGAUAUAGUUGUGGAAAGGCGCACAAUUUUAGAAAUGUUUGUAUGGUGCAGUGGUGCGAAAGACACAAACUUGCUCCCCCCCCCACCAUACAAAUGUUUGCAAAUUUUUGCAAUUUUGCGGAGCUACAUCUUUUCACACUUAACAUGCAUGACUUUCAAACUUGGCAAUUUUAUGAAAUUUUAAGGCACCCUUUCCAGUGGUAUCAAUGGAUUUUUCCUAACUUGUUCAUGUCAAAAGCUGAAAAAACUAUGAAAGGGUCUAUUACACGUACCAAUGCUUUUGGUUUAUCUGACUGCAGAUAUUAUAAUUAUGAUGUACAACUAUCACAGACUGUUCAGCUGCUCUUAAGCUACGAGGUGCAAAACCUAACUUUAGAUGGAUCUCCUCAAUUGUUCUGUGUUCUUUAACUGGUGCUACCAGGGUUAGAACCAUAAGAAAAAAGCUAACCCUAAUAAAUUGAAUGAUGGUUUAACCUGGGAGUGGGUUUUACCUUCAGAAGUCACAUCUACUGUAAGUUAUAGUGUCAAGCUAUAAUUCAUGCUACUGGCCUGGUGUUGGACAAACAGCACCUGAAGCCUCAUUAUUCAUUACUCAUUUUCAACGUUAUGUCCCCAUGCAUCUUAUGGUAAACUACAUGUUGGUGUAGGUAGCUGCAAUAAAACUCUACUUAUUUCUUAUGCAGAGUUGGGCAUGGGCAGGCAGAUGUUUGCGUGCAGUGUCUGUUGCAGAUAGCUAUGAACAGCUCUCCGCACCUGGACUGGGUUGUUGCACACAUUGGGUAUGUGCCAUGACAUGAAAAACUGUGCUUGCUGUUAAUGGUUAAUAAUCAGUUUGUGUAACAUUUGAGUUGUUAAGAGAAAAAGGUGCUGUCUCUCAAGAGUGGAAAGGUACUAUAUAUCCUUGUGCAUUUUACCCCUUUAUAAACCACAACUUAAAUAAAACCACAUACGGGUCCAUACAAAUGCUUUUCUUCUGUAUCUUAUUCUAAGUUUUAAUUUUGUUUUCUUUGAUUUGGGUAUACUUAGAAACAACUAAAACUACAACUUACAGUGUAAAACAAGGGUAAAAUUGAAUCACAACAAACUGAAGCUAAAGAGGAUAUGGGAUAAUAUUAUUCUCGAUUUUUUUAUGGUUUGCAGGUCUCAUUUUCAUGAAGUAUUUAUUCCCAAGCUGCUGUCCACAGCCCUGAAAGAGUACACUGCUAGUCAAGCCCCUGCGGGAUGGAGUGGAGAUUCAUCUGUCAUGACCCCUACUAUGGUUCAGGUUCUAACGUACCUCUCUCUUCAACAUUCUCAUGGGAUCAACAGCAACCUGCUGGCUUUAUUUCAUGUAGGUGAAGUUUGAUCAUGUCACACAUCUCCAUGGUAUAACUAAGUUAUUUAUUUAUUAUUUAUUUACCGAUACAGCAACCCUUCAUAAAGAGUAUUAUCAGUUGGUGUGGUCAGCGAAAAACAACAACAACAACAGAAGACAAAAAAAACCUAGUAUCUAGUUGAUUAGGUAGUUGCUCAAUUAAGUUAUAUACAAAACUUCCAUCAUGCUCUACCUGUUAUCUAACAUGUGAGGUCAGUGAUACUGCUGCCAAUAAUAAUAUUGUACAAUCAUGUGAUUCCGAGAUAAUCAAACAGUACAGAGACAAUGGAAAUACUGAACAUAUAAUAGAUGUACAUGUCUGCAGCAAUUUGAGAAGGUUUGCAUGGCUUAGAUGAGAUAGUAUGAUACAUGAAUAAAGUAGAUCAAUUUUCAUUGGCAGCACUGUAUUGUUCCCAAUAAAAUUACUGCACUAUUCCCAGAGCUACACAAAAAAAAAUGCAAAGAAAAAAGGGAAUGAUCCUGUAAAGAAAUCAGUUCAUUAACUGCUAAAUCAUAAGCUCAAUACUCUACUUUAACCACCAAUUCUCCUACUCAAACUCCCCACCCCUGCCCCACCUAAGAGCUUGCUUACAGGCUAUGUGACAAACUGUUAAUAUUACCUGUGCUAUUGCUUUAGAAAAGUAUUUCUAGCUCUUCAAAGUCAAAUAUGGAAACAGAUGAACAGUUAGCCACUCUUCCUUUUCUUCUACACAUUGCUACAUUGUCACCUAACUUACUCAAAGGAACUAUAACAGAGUUCCUUGAGAUCUGUAAGUAGUGUAUUUGUAAUUCAUUGAAUAAUGAAUAAUUAAGACUUGUGUUAUUGUAACUGUUAAACUUGUAUUAAGAGUUGCUCAAACUUGAGGAAAAUGAAACCUGCAACUUUGAAGUCUUAUUAUAUCAUUAUCUGCCAUGAUCUGUGUAAUAAGUAUGAAAUGGAAAUCAAGGAAAUGUAAAUUAAAUCAAGAUAUUUUUUUGCUUUGAUUAAUAGUGACCCCAGAUGUUUUUGUUCUGUUGCUGGAGCAGUCUAGAAAAAGAGAUGAAAAGAAAAUGAGGUAUACAUGCACAUGUUCAUGUAGACUUCUUCUGAAGAAAAGAAACCAUGUGUAACUGUGAGAAAGUUAUCUUAACUAAUUUUGUCCAUUCAAGUUUGCUUAGUCAACAAUUUCAUGGGUUUACAGAUUAUUAGUUGUUUCUCUUCAAAUCAAAUAGUUUCAUCAUUUCAAGAAAACAUGUUUCAUACAUUUUAGUACAACUGGGAUAAAACAUAAUUAAUGUUGUUAUACUAGAGUUUGUGAUAUCUUGACUCCACAGUGAAAAUGCAUCAAAGUUUUUGGCUCUAUAAGGGCUGAAGGGACUACCUCUUUCAAGAGUUGUUCUUUUUCAUGUCUUUUGACGCCAUUCUUUUGUUUUUUGUUUUUUUACCCAGCUUGGUAUUGUCUGUGGUUGAUGUGAUUGUAAAAACUGGAGAGGGUGCUUUAGAAGUUUUCCAGCUUCUGCUUGAGAACUGUCAGGAACCUGAGAACAAAGGUGACUUGUCCAUCUCAGUAAUAGCUAUAUCUAUGGCAAAAAUAAUAAUGAUGAUGGUAGUGUUGUUGAUAACAACCUCUGCCUAACACUUAUGUUUGAAUUUUUUAUUUGUUAAAGUAUUCAAAAUGAUUCAUAAUUAAUAUUUUUUGUUAUAGAACUUGACCCAAUGCAAAGUGAAGUGCAAAAGACAUUUACUCUUAUCAUGGUGAGCUCUUUGUUAACAAAAUAAUAGUAACUAAAUAAUAACUAAGUAAUAGCAAUCAGAUCAAUAACCAGAGUAUAAUACCAUCAACUGACGUGAUACAACUCACUUUGACUCUGAAGAUGACUACCGCACAGGUUGUCGAAACGUCAAUCACUGUCAACAACAACAGUCCUAUUCAGGACUACAUUCACCUGGACAAUCAAACUCAACCUACUUUUGAAAUGACUCCUGGGUUCAAACCUUUCACAAAAGUUAUCUAUUAUUUCUGACAAUGCAAUGACCUAAUGUGAUCUCAUGUUGCUGUUCUACAGCAACUGCUGCUGAACAGACUUCAGGAAAUUGCCCUCCAUAGACAUAGCCUUUUUCACCGAAACUCUGCCGUGUCUUCACUUGAUGCCAGCAAGACAGAGAACGAGUUCCUUGCUGCUAUGACUUGCCAUUCACCUCAACUGUGCCAAGGUCUGCUGACUUCCACUGGCAGCAAGUAAGUAAUGUUUUCAUGAACUGUAUUGCAAUGUAUAAAAUGGCAAACAAUUAUUAUAACGUCCUUCAAAAAAGUCUUUAGCAAACAUUAAUACAACUUUUUCUACGUGAGGAGACUUAUGCUUAUGUCCAUACCUUGAUUUAAUCAAUCCCAGACUUUCAUUCAGUCAUUAAAAAGAAAUCAACUACCAUUUAUACUGGUAUUUAAAAGAUGUGUUAAACUCAUGUGUCUUUAUUUAUUCAGUUUUGAUUCAUUUAUUUAUUUUAUAUUUCCUUUUAUCUUUUGAACCUAUCAAUUUUAUUGUUAUCUAGUAUUUGUAUAUUACUUAAACUUGCUUUGUAUUUCAGGCAUACAAAUUAAUGCUAUGCACCUCCAUAUACAGAUUAUUUAUAAUUAUAGUUAUUUAUAAAAUAACUAAGAUAGUACGCACGUUCUGAUUGGUUAAAAACCUAUGGUUUAUUGUGGCGGUAAACUCAUUAAAAGCAAUAGACCACACUUUCUAUGGGUUUACCGGCGUGAUAACCAAUUUGGGAUGUUGGGAGAACACUCGAAAAGCUUGUCAAUCACUAGCCGAGGGCGAAUUCAUUUAACUGUUUUCGUCUGGUAAUAAUUAUUGGUAUUGUUAUGCUUGAUAUUCAGUAUCAUAGUUUUAGCAGGACUUUGACCUUCCAACAAAAAAUGACAAAAACAUGUCUUUGUAACAAAGUCCCUUAACUUGCUCUUAAUUCUUUACUUUUACUUGUAACAGGAUUUCAAAUAUUUUCCGGAUGUUGGUCAUCUUAGCCAUACAUAAUGGACAAUCAUCAGCUGUAGCAAGUCUCACUCAAAUCAUUUUAAGAAGCAGAAAUCCCAAAACGGUAACUCAACGAUGAAUGUUCAAAAAAUGAUGCUCUUCUUUUACUACAAGUAACCUUGAUAACCUUUAAAAAUUACACGACUUUGCAGAACCAUAUUUUAUUUUACUGAUUAGGGUUAGUGUUUCUGUUUGCUUUUUCAUUUUACCUCUUUUCGGUUUUCUGGGUUGUUCUGGGUUUUAGUUAAUGCCAGCUGGAACUUCCCCGUAUAAUUAGUCUUCCUUCCCCCUAAAUUAUGUUUUUUUUUUUUCAAUAACUGGGAGAGUUUUUGCACUCUGAUCGGUUGAGAGCUGUGGUCAAUGGCGAGAUGAUGGUGUUUUUCUCUUUCUUGCUCUCGUUUUUCCGAGAAACCUCAACGGAAGUGGACGUCAAAAACUGUCAAUGUUAUUGUAAAAAAACUUUGCAGUGAAACCAUUCGCCUGCUUCUCGUGGUUCCACUUAAACAUUUUGGCGUUAUUUUUACUAAAGACCAUUGAAAAUUGUUGCCCCUUUGUUAAAUUUAUUGAGGUACAACAUUAACUAACCGUUACUUUGUCUUGUUGUUUGUAGCUUCAAUUAUUUGUUCAGCUACAUUCAGAAGUGGAGUUAUACCACAGUCAUUUGCUUGACCAUGUUCUAAAAAGUUGUGUGUCUUUCAUCAAGUCUCCUGCGGCUACUGCAGACUCAAAUAAGGUAUAAUAGUAAUUAUAAUACUGUGAGCACUUUUGACAAAAUUGCUUGUUUCUGAUUGGAUGAAAGUAUGUUUAAUCCCAAAUUGCACUCUCCUGGGGUAUCACUUUGUGGCCUGGGUGCAAAUCCCGGCGUCAACGCUUUUGUGGGUUGAGUUUGUUGUUGGUUCUCUCCUUUGCUCCGAGAGGUUUUUCUCCAGGUACUCCGGUUUUCUCCUCUCCUUAAAAACCAACACUUUUAAAUUUCAAUUCGAUCUGGAAGGCGCGGACACGUUUCAACGAGUUCUUAAGAUAAUAAUAAUAAAAUGCAGAGAAGAUCAUCACAGUUAAAUGUGCAACUUAUGUAGUUGCGAAAAGAAAGCCUGAAAUUGAAUUUUUUUCAGUCUUUCUUUUUGCAACUGCAUAAGUUGCAUAUUUAAGUUUGAUGAUCUUAUCUACAUUUAAUUCUUCAUUUGUCAGUUCAAAUAUGUAUUUGAAAUUCAUAUUAUUCAUUAUUUUUUUGUAAUAGUAGUGCCCUAACAAUAAUUUGGCCUUAACCUGCAUGUAAUCAUUAAUACUAAAUUAUGCACCGUAUGUUUUUACUACAAAAAGUUGUAAAGUGAGUCUUGACAGUAGAAGGAGAUUCCAAAGAUUUGAUGUUAUGCGGUUUAAGCGGGUCCUAUGAAGGACUAUCCCAAUAUUACCGUGAUGAUUAUCUAUGAUAUUUUGGUUAUUUCCUUAGAUAUUGGGUGUGCUGAGUAAUUUCUAUCAGCUCAUGUUCGUUCAAAAGGAUAUCCAUCUUUUGUUCAGGUAUGGAAAGAAAAGCGUAGGGGCAUUCUUUUUUGGUUGAACAGUUUCUUACAGUUUUGAACAGCUGAAAAAAAAAUACUCCUUGGUGCUUUAAGAACCAGGAUAAGCUGCGGUAGAGCAAUUUCAUCGAAAAAAAAGACACGGGAAUCAUGUGUCAAUCUGAAACUCUUCGCACAGUUAAUGGCGUAUGCUGCUGUUUAAUAUAAUAGUGCAUUCAACGUGACCUGUAGAGUACUUGAAUAUCUUAGAUCAUAGCACUUUUGACAAAAUUGCUUGUUUCUAAUCGGAUGAAAGUAUGUUUAAUCCCAAAUUGCACUCUCCUGGGGUAUCACUUUGUGGCCUGGGUGCAAAUCCCGGCGUCAACGCUUUUGUGGGUUGAGUUUGUUGUUGGUUCUCUCCUUUGCUCCGACAGGUUUUUCUCUAAGUACUCCGGUUUUCUCCUCUCCUUAAAAACCAACCCUUUUAAAUUUCAAUUCGAUCUGGAACGCGCGGACACGUUUCAACAAGUUCUUAAGAACUCAAAAGUGCUCCGUGGGUGAAUAAAUUACGAUUUGUAAUUUUGCCAUUUAGAUCCACGGCGAUGUCAAAGUUAACCUGACGUUUUUCAAAGGUCUAUGAAGAAUCCCCAUUUCAGGGGCGGGGUCCCCCCCGAGAUGACCUGCGGUUUUCUAAUACAACUGGUAUUCUGCAAAAAAAAAAAUCUAUGUGGGUUAUCGGUGUUGAAGUAGAGCAAGAGACGAGUGCAACCCCUCCUAAAAAAAUCCUGGAUCCGCCUCUGCAUUUCGUCCCGAAGAUGCCCGAAGUUUACCCGAAGUUACUUCGUAGAUGUCCCGAACCCCAUGUGCUUUUGUUGAGUUUGCGAUGUUUAGUUUGGGUAUUAAUUAUUCCUGUCUUACUUUUGUAGAUCAAACUUAUCAUUGUCCCUCCAAAAGCAUCACAGUGUAUUCGUCAAUUUGCUGCUUCAUCCUAACAUGGACGUAUCUUUGAAGGCUCUAGAAUUUAUUUUGUCCUUUAACAAAACGUUGCCAGAUAAAGUUUCUAACGUGAUGAAAUUGUGCCGUAACUGUGUCGGAUUGUUCUACAAGCUCCUUCACAAACUGUCAAACCAAUCUGGGAAUAUAACAGGUAAGAAAUGAUUUUAGUAUUAUAUUAGCCAGUUCCAGGCUCUCAGGUAGUAGGGAUGACGUGAGUGAAAGGCACACAAAAAUGUGAGUGCGCGAUCUGAGAAAAGAGGACGGUGGCAGGAAAAAGAGAGUUUCAUCCCGUUUUAUUUUCGUGUUCGAGAAUCUUUCAAUUUAUAUCCACGGACCCGACUAUCUCGGAGCCUGGAACAGGAUAAUAUUAACAAAUCCAGUGAGUCGUUAGAGUGGGACUUGAACGGGACCACCAGAUUACUAGUCCGACUCUCUUAUGACUUAGCUUGCGAGCAAGCUCUCCCGGGCGCUCUGGCGGCGGAGCGGGAAAAGGAAAGAGAGCUUGCAACCACGUCUCUGGAAUUCCAAGUCCCCUGUGGCUCCGCGUCGACUGUGCUGUCAGAUUUCCGCCAAUCAGCGCGAAUGAAAACAAGCAUUAAAAAACACGUGUCGAGGGUAAUGACGUCAUUACUAAUGUCAUCUCUGCCAAUCAGCAAUUCGCAUCGACAUUUUUCGAUGCAGAAAUUCAAAUAUUGCGCGACAUAGUUGCACGCUCUCCUUCCUUUUCUCGCCCCGCCGCCAGAGCGUCCCAAAGAGCUUUUACGACUCGACCGCACUUCCUUGGUUCAAUCCAAGAGCGAAUAGAGAGAUUUAGAGUCAUGUUUACGGCAAACGGCAAAACGUGAAUUUGUGCCACGUGACCGAGUUUUCCCUUUUCUUGCCUGUAAAUGUUUUUUUACUUCUAAAAAAAUAAGUAGUUUCACGUUAUUUUCUUCCAAAAGACAUAUGUUAGACUGUUUUUAUCUGCCCAUUUUCUCUUUUGAGAAAUUCUCAACCUGAGUCUGCCAUUUGCCGUGGUUUUAACCUUUGAGUUUGUCGAUGAAAUCCAACGGUGUACCCACUUAACUGAAAAAUCUUUGGGAGUACUAAGACCCUUUUUUUCUUUCUGCAUUCUAAUAAGAGAAAUUUUGACUUUGACUACUUCUGGAAGUACAAGUGGUUAGGAUUCACAACCUACAGUUUAUCACUUGUCUUCAUGGUGAACACUAUGCGUGAACUGCUUAGAAAGAACAUGAUAACAUAAAGGCACCAUAGAAUGUUCAUGAGAAUUCACAAACUGAUAUUUCUGCCAAAUGGAAUAGCUCUUUCAGGAUUCUCUUGUGUUCAUUUCAUUUGCUACGUUCAUAAACUAGAUAUUGUUUUCUAAAGAUGUGCUGCUUUUCGCUUUUAAUGUUCACUAAUGUGCGUGUCUGCUUUCCAGAUACAGUAAAGUCUAUCAAACUGUCCAGAAAGAUGUUUGUUCUUUUAUCCAAGGAUGACAGAUGCAGGUUUUAUUUAUUAAGACUGCUUGUAGAAGGGGUUCUGCAAAAGGUAAAAUUAAAUAGCAAGAAAAAUCACUAACAACCAUUCUUUCCAUACAAUUACAAUAGCAGUUUGUCGAUGUUUGUGUCGGUCACUUUGAACUGUAAAAACGGGGUCGGCUUCUGCAAGGUCUGGAAACGGAAAUCCUGAAAGCCGCAUCGCUUCGCUCUUUUCUCGCCGUAUGAUGGGAUGUUCCGAGAAUUUUCCGUUCGUUGCAGACCCCACUGAAAUAAUUUCUGUCUACAGACCUGUCAUUACAAGACCUCAAAAUGGCUGCGGCAAACAUCAAUAAACGUGAGUUUUUUUCUAAUUCCAAUGGGAAAUGACAGGAAGCUGCUUUCAUAUUCAGAAGUCUAUGCUGAAAACAAAAAAUCGCGUUUGCUUGAUAGCACUCACAAAGUGUCCUUUUGGCGCAAAAAAAGUCCCCAAAACACAUACAAUCUUAUGAAAUCCAAAGUAGUAUAUAAAAAUGGCAUAUUCGUUGCUUUUCUGGUAGUUAUCUAUUUUGUGUUGUAUCGAAUUGCACUAUGGGUUUGUUUUGGGGAUGCUAUCGUGCAGCGAACUGGGUCCAAAUUCGUCCCCCAAAACAGUCCCAAAAUACAAUUCGACGCAACACCAUCCUGCUGGUCUCCAGUGCAACCCGGAAAUGGUCGUUUUAAAAGAGGCCACCUUUACCAGCAACCUUUUCGAUCUCCAAGUGGCUGCUGAGAUUUCGGUACAAAAUGCGCCUCCUUGGUCAAUUUGGUCAAGUAAGAGAAUCUAGGUGAAAGCAUAAAAAAUCCAGUCUCUCACGCCCCUUUGAAGUGUAGUAAAGUUCUUACGGUGAGAACUUUUCCUAGUAUAUGUUAAGUUGUUUACCUAGUCUUAAAUCCCUCUUUCAAAUAAUUUCCACGCUGUAACACAAAUGUCCUGUUUCUCCACAGGAACAUGUGCCCUUAUUUGGAGGGAUUUUACCAGGUCAGAAGUAAGCUAAAUAUUACGCGUAUUGCCGGAUUCUAACAGACGAUUUUUGGCUUAGCUUUGUAGCUCGACAAGUUGAUGUCGCGUGUAAAAGUCCUUGGGACAGCAAUCCAGUAUUCGUGAUUUUCUGUAAUCUCUGGGUGCCCUCAUAAAACAGUACAAAAUGUCUUGCAGUUCUACCUCCCCCCACCCUAUACAAAAAUGAAACUCGGGAAAGAUUCUGGGUACACGCGUCCAACCUGUAGUUUGUGGGGUGGGGGAGGGGCUGGGCAUGCAUGAUUUAAAGAGAGCCCCACAAAUACAAAUGUGCUCCAAGACUUUUGUCCACGACUGUAGUUAAUUUAAGAGCCUUUAAAGGGGCAAACUAGAACUAAAAGGCAAGGUUUAGUGCGCAUAACGAGUAUUUGUCUAAUUGGAUUUGUCUUUUCUUUGUUCAAUGUAGAUGAACCGAGUGAUUCUGAUACAGACUUAACAAAGAUCAAAGUCUCUUUAUUGGAGCGGAACAGAAAUCCUCACAUUUCAUCUCAUCUUCCUCUUACUCCGUCGUCUGUGUUCUUCAGCGGGAUUGUAGGUGAUAUCGCAAAAAGCAACCGAACAAACAGACUCGACACAGCUGAGGUGAAGUAUCUUUGAGAUGAAAAAAAAACGUUUGAACGAUAGAAAGUUAAGACUUGGCUUCUUAUUACAUGGUUAUUAAAAAAAAAAUGCCUAUUCCUAAUGCUCUUCCCAUGCAUGCCGCAAACUAUAGCCUAGUCUGAGCAUACAACGCACUGAAAAGCGUGGUAGGUUGUUUACGUGCUUAAAAAAAAAUUAGUGAAAGUUCUGUGUGGCACUGACAUGUAAAUACCCUACAGGUCUGACGCGAACACUUUGUAAAGUUUAUGAGAUCCUUGUUAAUUUAAGUUUUUUUUGGCCGGGUAAGUCAGAGGAAAACGUUGCAAAUUAUAAAUGAGGACAAUUCUCUGUCAAGAUUAUAGACACUGUUUGUUUUGUACAAUUAAAAUUGUGACUUUGCUUGACAUAUUUCCUUUGAGGAAAGAAGGAUUAUUGGCCGUUUUGUAAAAACCUGUGUGAUAUAGUGUUGCUUCUAAAGGUACGGUAAAACGGGCCACGAAAACGUGCAACUUGUUUUGCGACAUUGCCGCAAAGUGAGUUGAACAGCGAUGUUGCGCGUUUUACCACCCACACCAAACCCGUCUUAAAACAAAUCGGGUCGCUGCAAGUUGCGAAAAGUGGUUGCAAAAAGUAGCGAGUAGUUCUACUUUUUCAACAAACUCUGUACAUGUUGCACGUAACUCCUGUGUAUAGUGCGAGUACCGCGUAAUUUUACCCAAUCAGAAGUCAGUAUUCACGCCACUUGCAACAACCUGAUUCGUCACAAGACAGGUUUGAAGGUAGGUGGUAAUACGCGCAACAGCGCUUUUCAACGCGUUUUGCAGCAAUGUUGCAAAAUAAGUGUCACGUUUUUGUUGCCCGUUUGACCGUAGCUUAAAGGAAAAACACGUUAUGUUAUAGCUCCAAGCAUGGCUUCAGACGAGUCAAGUCUUUACGGACGUGGUUUUCACUCUGUGCUGCACCUAUGACCAGGAUGAUGAUCUGGAUCAUGCCAACUUAACCCUUCAUUAUAAAUACGUAGACUCUUUAGCUCUGUUGAUAAUGGAGCUCGUUUGCCCGGAUGUUGUGCCCAUUAGUUUUGAUUGGCCUGACGAUGAAAGCCUCAAGUUUACUGUAGAACGGUAAGGGAACAUAAAGAACCGUUUUUCGUAGCCUCAAAAAGCAGUCGAAUUUCACGACGCUACCACUGGUUUCCCCGCGAAACGACGUUUGAGGAACGAGCGCAGAAAUUCCAUACUGAUGACGUUUCACUACCCAGAUCUGGGUAGUGCUUUUGAUUGGUUGAAGGAAAUUUCUCUCGCGGCACUGCCGAUAGAAAAACUGGCCAGAUCUGGGUAGUGACACAUCAUCAGUAUGGAAUUUCUCCUGGCUUGUUCCUCAGGAGUCAUUUCGCAGGGAAACUACUGGUGGUGCCUCGAAAUGUCAGCAGUUUUCUCAGGCUUGUCAACUUGUAUUGUCCUAAAGUUACGCAUCUGUCACAUGGCAAACUGUAUUGUUCAACUAUGCUUUCUGUAUCCCAGAGUAACUCGUUUCUUAACGUAAUUUUUUUUCUCUGCAGUGAUUUACGGAUAAAGAAAACAUUUGACGAGAACCCGAUUCUGUGGUCUCUAAUAAGCAUUGUUGCCAGAGGUCAGUAAGCAGCUCAGGGGAAAAUCAUGAUAGAACUCAUUUCGUUUACUUUGAGUUGUACACGAGUAUGUAAGCACCGAGCUUCAAAUAAGUGUCACUCCUCGAAUUAGCACGCCCUCCUCCGCCCCCUUAAGAAUACAAUAGGGAGCUUCAACAACAACGACGGCGCUUAUUCGAGUACUUACGGUAUGUGGUAUUUUUUAUCUGGCUUUCAAUUGUUUAGGGGUGUCGUCACUUUCCAAGUGCAGUCCUCUAGUAUCCAGUCUCCUCGCGACUAUUAUGUCCAGUUGGGAAGUGUACAGAGGGGCAUCAAUUGACCAAUCGUCACUUCGGUUUAAAGUCACGUGCUUUAUCACUGACAUUAUGACCAAGGUGCGUUUCUACUGAAUGUUUGUUCGUACAUGUAUGGCUUAACAUCUAAUACGUCGGCUCGUACCUCCAUACUGAUACUGUUGACUCCACACGUUCUUAGUCCAAUUCACCAUUUUCACAUUGCCCAUAAUACACCUCGUUUACGCCUCCCCUUCCCCCCCCAACCCCCCUUUUCUUUUUUAAUAAUACAUAACCAUUGUCUUCAAUUUCUCUUGGGACGACUGUGAUACCCAGGAGAAAUAGCAUGCUUACCAUUUGACAGAAAAUUUCGGAAAUUCCCACCGAAAAUUGAGGAGAACGUUUUGAGGUAAUCCGUUCAUUCCGGAUUCCAUUAUGUUUUCGACACCCCAACCGGAUUUUGUCGUCAAAUGGUAAGCAAACAAUGUUAAUGCAAUUGCCAUUCCUGGAAUCUCCGCAAAACAGCAUUUCUUACGGAUAAAGUUAAUUUCGUUGUUUAGGCGAGUUGGCUACCUCCUCCCCUAAGCCGAGUUGGCGCUGUAUUUGGUCUUCUGAAACCCAAAGAAAUUUAUUCUUUGCUUUUUACCAUGUUUUUACCAUUUCCCUCUCUUGACAUUUGGAAAGAAAAUUUUCUUAGGGGUAUGUAUGUGAUUUGUUCGGUCCAAAGUCGAAAACACUUAAAAUGCGUAUUUUAUUGAUUUUCCGAAUAGAUCCAGAUUUCAACAACCUGGCCUUCUUAUUGACGAUGAAGUAUGUUAUGUCAAAUCCAAUGUAAAUCCGUUAGGUUUUCUAAAAACGACACUAUGAAUUUUCAAAAGUUUUUAUUCAAGAGGAAAACUUACCCACUGUUUUGAGUUCCAUAAGCAAAGCUUCCAAAUUGACAAAACUCACAAAGUAUCAGAUUUCAAAGCACGUGGUUUCAUGGUAGCUACGGAUUACGUGCGCAGCGGUAGUAACAAUGUAUCCGUUUCAAAACGACAUUUUUAUAUUUUUAUUCGGAAUGGUCUUGAAUCGUUCUAAAAUUCUCCUUCUGCUCCUUUAAAACAACUGCUUAGUUGAUAAAGUUGUCCUACCAGUCAUGCCAAGCACAAUAGUCCCUCCCCGUGGGAGUGGGGUGGGGGUACUCUAAAGGAGACUAAUCUGGGCGUGGUUUAGGAUUUAUUUGACCCCUAAACUGAGACCAUUCUCCAACUCAGUAUAAAGGCAUUUCAUUUUUUUUUUUUAUCAAAGCGAUAUCUUUUUGGGUAAAACAUAUUGGCUUCCCGUCCAAAAUCUGCACGUUCUACCUCUAAACGAGCAUCACUGUCAUAUGGAAUUCCCCCCAACCGGGAAUAGGCUUGUCUAGUACAUCCUCGGAGGCCUAGGGACAGUCAGUCGGGUCAGGAAUGAAACGGGCGUUUGGGUCAAACGUGCAAGGGUUGUUCGUUGGUCUCCGUUGUUGGUUCUCGAGAAAGGAAACACUUUAGGCUUGGCAUUUAAAAUUUAGAACGUAUUUGUGAAUUGACUUAAGAUUUUUUACCACUAAGAAGUCCUUAGAAUAUGGCUUAGUGUCAGUGAAAUACUGUUAUUAUGUGCUGGAUAAGAUACUGUCACGUCAUCGUUUUACAAAGGUUCCGUUUGUAUUUGUCCACACAAUCGAAUACAGGAAAACAGUGUCCCCAGCUGUCGAGAGAGCGUUUUAUAAAAAACUACCGUUUUCUCUGAUGUGGACAGAAGAGCGAUCCGGAAGCAAAAAAUAUCCGUUUCCCAGUAGAUGAGGAUACGUGCUGGCCGACAUUUUAUGCUUGUGAGUGUUUUAUUGAGUUACUUAAAAAUGUCCGCAUUCCCCACGUGCUUUGAUCUCCACAAAUUCCUUGUCAUGACAUAAUCCUGUAAUCCGAAAUUCAAUCUGUAAGUUUGCAACACAACAACUGAGGGAGUUUCAUACGCAAAUGAAACUUAAAGCAUGAGUUCGAUCAUAACAGCAGUGUUUGAAGUUACCAUCGGGUUGCUCGUGAGCAAAGGAAGAGAUAAAGCAGCAGAAAAGGCUUCAAAGAGGUGAUGUGACAGAUCAGAAAUUCCGAGGUUUCAUUGUCCGUGAAAUCGAAGAUGUUAAGUCGAAGUUGGAUGGCUUAGCGAGGAAAGACUUGUUGGCAAGCAUCAGCUUUUUCAAGGAAGGGAUCGAGCUACUUUGCGAAGUUUUUGAAAACACUAGGUUGACGAGUGCGCACGACCCAGAAACAGCGCAAGUUGCAAUUGGACCAGCUAGUUCUGAAAUAUUUUCACUCACUAGAGCAAUGAGGAAGCUGAAGUUUACUGGUCUAAAUGAAGCAACUACGAGCAUGCUUAACGAUGCGAAAAAGAGAUUCGAACGUGCUCGUGAAAGAGCAACUGAAGCCUUUGUAAACGAAGCGUUGGAAUUGUCUGAACGUGUGCUAGCUAUGCGGUACAGAAUAAUGUCGACAAUACUAGAAACUGUAGACAAUCCUACUAAUGCGUUAGCGGCUUGUAAAUUGUGCGUUGAAGACCUACACCGUGUGUCAGGUGUUAAAGAUUGCUUUACUGUGGAGCUUAAGAGAGGACUCCGGGCUCGGUGGGGUAAAAAGGAACGAAGGGAACUCAUUUCCAAUGUAUGUCAUAUUAAUCGCACCGUCUACGACGUCACUCUAAUGGUCCGUUUUGGCUUCAAGGGUGAGCUGUCAGUAAACUGGCCUUCUGUUGAUAUUGGAGAAGAAAGAGUUAAUCCGCUCCGAAAUGAAAGAGUUGCUAAAAUAUUGAAGAAGCAAAGCAUGGAGCGUUGCUGCGUUCCGUGGUCAUUUGGUCAGGAGGGUGAAGUCGAGCACAAGCUAUCGAAUGCCUGUGGUAUCGCAACAAAUACCAAGGGAUAUUUUCUUAUAGCAGACAAUGGAGACAAGUCCGUGAAGGUGUUUAAUAGAAAUGGAAAGUUUCAGUUGAGAUUCACUCCCCAAACUGAUGACGUCCAAACAAAGUUACAAGUUUACGAUGUAGCAAAUGAAGACGUAGACGACAACAUUUACUUGUUGGUCGGACUGAAGAAGCCUGGGGCUGAGGAAUGGGAAAGUGAAGUGCAGAUUUUUAAUACAAACGGCGACUUGCAGCACAAGUUUUCUGUGAGGAAAUGGCAUUGGGCUGCCAGACUUAUAGUUAGCGGUAGAAAAGUGCUGGUGUUGGCAGAUGACGUGAUCGAUGUGUACGAGCAGGGUGGUGAGUUUGUUUGUACAUUUGGCGAAGAAAGAUUCAAGCGCGCAAUGGACAACACUGCUUUAAAUGACGCUGGAGUCGUGGUAUUGGACCGAGACGACUCUUGUGUUCACCUGUUUACUGCAGAGGGACGACAGAUUGCCAAAUUUUUAUUAAGCAUCGACGGAGAUCGCUAUUAUCGCACUGCAUGUCACCCACUUGGUGAAUAUAUUGUCCUUGCUGGUCAUAAACGAGAGACUCGCCACCUCACCGUAUCUGUAUACACCGUGAAAGGAGAGUUUGUACGGAGAACGCAGCUGAAUGAAGAAUUAAGCUGGCUAGGUGGCAUUACAGUGACCAUAGAGGGUCACAUUGCUUUGGUCUUUGAAGAAACGUACAGCAAUUGCAAAGUAAUUGUUAUUUAAACUGACUGCCAAGGGCAAACCGGUUUUCGCUCACUGGCACUGCAUUGACGUAAACCAACACACCCCGAAGUGAUUGCUAGGGAUUGAGGACGACUAGAGGAAGACUGAAACGGAUUGCAAUAAUUAUUAAGGUUUUUGAAAAAUAGAGAAAUUUAUUAUCGUCGGUAUUGAGAAACACUUGUUCAGCAAAAUACAUAAACAAAGUGUGACGAUUUGGAAGCCAACGAGGAAAUCUGAAAACUUAUGCUGAUCUUGUCUCACAUGUAACUAAUUUCGGCUUACUCCUUGAUGGUACCGUAUCGGUACUAGCGCCCAUUCGAAAUCCGUGGCAAACCAAAUUGGAAAAUAGCUGAAAGUUUUUGCAAGUACAUCCGCACCCUUACAGAAACCUCUCUCGAACUGUGUUGUAAGUACAGACACAUUCUUUUAUGUGCAGAUGAUGACCAUAAGGGCAUAAUACAAGUGUAACUUGCCACCUUACCGGUUGGAAACCAAGGUCUAUCAUGUCAUUUCUAUGUGGGUGACACUCAGCUAUUUUACUCUUUCAAGUUUCAAGAUCAGGCAACCUCAGUUCGAGCAACUGAAUCUUGUUUUAAAAUUACAUGGAUGCUUGCAAUCGUUUUAAAGCUGAAUAAGGAAAAAACAGAACUCCUGGUGAUGGGACCAAAGCACACUUGAGGGUAUUCGCGUAGACGGCUAGACUUUCUCAAAGUCGUUCGCAUUGUUUUCUGGUCUGAUGUGGUAGGACCCAGCUUUCGGUCGCUCGCUCGCGCUUCGCACUCACUGUCGCGCUACGCGCUCAAAAGCUCGACUUGUCAGCAAGUCUAGUAGCCGACGUAAUGCUAGAAAUGUGUGUGUUAUAUUUUAUACUCAUAUUAACUUAGAGAACAGCCUUCUUUCGCUUACGGAACAUGGCAAAAAUACGGAACUGUCUCUGGAGUAAUAAGUCACCUAUGUCUCCAAAGAGGAUCCUGAAUAUUGACUCAUCUAAAUCUUAUUUUCCCAAUUGUACGGAACUGUUUUUUAGAUUUUAGAAAAUUAGAACCUGUUUCAAAUUUCAGGCUAAACAGGUUCUUAAAAGCCAGGUUCUUAGUCGCGGGUUUUUACUGUACUACAAUCGGUUCUUGAUAGUCUUCAGUAUGUACAAAACUGUGCUACUCGCCUGGUGUCCAGAACGGCGAAGCUCAGGGCAUAUGACACUGGUACUUCGUGAAUUGCAUUGGCUUCCAUUAGACAAACAAUCGCAUAGAAUAUACUACUUCUUACGUAUAAAGCAAUAUAUGGCAUGGCUCCGAAAUAUAUUGUUGAUAUCACGCGAUCGCUUGACUCACCGUACCAAAAUUAUCAUAUCUCGGUGAGCAUUCGGAAGUCAGCCAAGCGCGGUCAUUGCACGCAUGCUGAACAAGAAUGCUGUAUUAUGACAGACUAGAAACAAUAGAAAACUCCCAAAGCACAAACUCAGCCAAAACGCUAAAAAUCUUCAAUGUUUACUCAAGUUUGGGCUUAUAGAAGAUAAUGUCACAGUUUUUCAGUGACCAUGAAAUUCAGAAUCCUAGUAGUUAAUCAGUUGUGGCCCUGACAAAAUUUGAAGGAAAAAAACUACGAUUGUUUAAGAAAAUGCUUUUUUUGUGAGAAGCACUCUUAAACGCUGACAAACGUCAACAAGUAGCGAAAACUAUAAUUUCUAUACAUGAUGUUUACAUUGCUCGAAAUCGCGUGCAUUUACAAGGCCCUAAAGCUUUUUGCUGACUUGCAAGGACCCAUCUGUUAUAAAGAUCCCCAAAACAAAGGGAUAAAUCUCAUAGUUUAUUAGAUAUAAUCGUGUAAAGUUUGCUUAUCAUUUUCACAUAAAUUAUGACCUAAAUUUGGAAACCGCCGAAUUUCUCGCGCUGGGUCUUUGCGAUUUUGGUGAAAGUCUGUUCAACGCAAGGCACUAAUGCGAACUAUAUGUAGCGGGGAGAUUUUCACGAAAAAAUGCCGGCAACAGCAGAAUUUCGUCUCAGACCCCAAAGAGGCGUGGCACUAUAACCACAUGACACUUACUCCGAUCGCCUAAACUUUUAUGCUAUAUUGUAGAUUGAUCUAUGUGUUAUCCAUGCUAUAUGCUAGACUUACGAUCAAAUGUAAAGGUGGGUAUACCAGAGAGCUUCAAAGUAGGAUGGUACCCUCACAAAAUAACUGGGUCGAGUCACCUUAAAUAAAACUUUAAACAGGCUUAGCUACCCUUUAUACAAAGUCUUUUCACCUCGUAAAAUUCCAAGGCAACGAAUAAAAACUGGUUAACUCUUUAGACUAUUGUUUUUGUUGUUGUUGUUGUUGUUGUUUUUUUUUUUUGCAUUUAUCAGGAAUUGAUUCCUUUAAAAAAUUUUGUUCUUAGGUGCAUGCAAAGUUUGAACGAAUAGUAACAAUGUAACCGCUACUCUGCUCUUGUUUUUCGUUGUUAGUGUUAAAGAAAAUCUGCAAGUUACACAGGCAAUUUUUUUCAGUGAUUUUUCGCAAAGCACAAAUUUCUCUUUUGUUACACAAGUUCAGAUAGUCUAACAAAAAAUUACGAAACGUAACAAACAUCAGAUCACUUGGCCAAGUAAGGAACAAAUAAUUAAACACGUACACAUGGAAAAUCGCGUUUUUCUAGUUGUUGUUGUUUUUUUUCAACUCCUCGAUAGUAUUUGUUUGCUUAUCACAUGGAGUAAGGUGUCAUAGCAUCUCGCUAUACUCUAUCUAAACCUUUCAUAAUGUUUAAACUGGGUGAGAAUGUCGCUGUGUAAUAAUGGUGAUGAUGACGGUACCGGUGAAAUCUUUUUGUGUUUUUAGGAAUUUCCUCCGCCGAGUUCCGCCAUGACAGCAGAAGCUACGCGCCAGAGAUGGCAGCAAGGUAUAGCGUUAAUAAUUAACUGUUACGUGACAAGUUUUAAAAAUCAGCUUUAUCAUAUACCGUAAUGCACCUAUCAGUUUAAAGGCGGCGGGGGGGGGGGAGGAGACAGGGCAUAGGGUGGGGAUUUGACAUUUUUCAAAAAUUUGCAGUCAAAUUCCCUGCCCGCGGCAAAUCAUUCCCGUCAAAUGCAACCAAAUUUCCCCACCCUGGGCUACACAUUGCUGUCAAAUAUCCCAAGGCUGGACCCAAGAAUGGCACAAUAAAAAUAUCUCCAAGUAAACUCGGCAAUCUUUAUUUAUAUUACGUUGCUGCAUCACCAAAGAUACAUGUUCCUGUUACAGCUGCAAUUAUACGUUUUAACCAUAAUCCGUGUUACACUGCGUAGAAUACAGAAACCCUUAGGAGAAAGUCCACAUUUUGUUUUAAAACUACCACUUCUACGCCCUUGGUGUGUACAUCUUAGUACGGCGUUUUAGGAGGGGCUUAAAUCCCAGUGGGCCUACAACCGGAAUAUAAGAAAGCGCUUCGAAACAAGCUAUAGCAGAGCUGAUCAAAAUACAUUUUGCAUUUACUGGUUUUUAGUCGAACUUCAUAACAAGUGGAGCUUUAUAACGUCAUAAUAGAGUGUUUUCACAUGACGUCACGGCGGCCAUAUUGGUUUCCCAAAACAAUGAAACGGCGGCCAUGUUGGUGUCCCAAACCAGUCCCGUGGGAGUUGAACUCUUUUCUUAUGCAAACACUUUCUUUUGUUCCAAUAAAUUUGCAUAGAUACUGGUCACGUGAGUGAAAACUCUCUAUACAUGGGGGGAAUAUCUGGGGGAUGUUAUUUAAGCAAUAGACCACACUUUCUAUGGAUUUACAGGCGUGAUAACCCACGCAGGGUGUUGUGAGAAUAAAAGAAAAGCUUGUAAAUCACGAGCCGAAGAAUUGCCUUUUCUGUAAUACGAUCUCCUCUAUAUUGUAGACAUCUGCAUUCUGUCCCUCUGGUGUCUGCGGUAAGAAAGGAGGUGUGACUCCACUCUAACAUCUGCCAAAACUUUCUUUUGCCAUCUCAUUCAUGUCCAGUUUUGAAACUCAUGAAAUGAGUCAGUCGUCUAAUGUCGACGUCGACUGGUCUAUCUUAUGUUAGAUCAUGUGUUUAAGUGAAGCACCCUUAACUCACUUUACAUAGGGAUAAAUGCAAGGCGACGACCCGUGGGCAUUUUCUAGUAGUCGGGUCGUGACUUGAAAACAAUCAUCCCCUGGAUACUUACGAGGGGGGGGGGGAGUACAGUGUGAGGGUGGAUCGUGACUAUCUGUUCCGACCGUAGCGACUGUCAUGCGGUAUUGCACCCGACCGUUAGGUGGUCGGUCGUAAAAGAUCUGGGAAAAAAGCAUGUAUGCUUAUCAAGGGGGGGUGAAAUGUGAGACGGAUCGUAACGGUCCCAUCUGGUUUGGACGACCCGUUAUUGCAGUAGUCCAUGCAAAGGCUUUUUGUUUUCGUUUUUGUUUUAAUUUUUCCUGUACACAGGUGCUGCGUUCAAGACGCAGAAGGAAGUUGUGAAGGCGAUUUUUGUAAAUAACAUUGAGACGCUGGGUCAUCACUACGCUCGAGUGUUUGAUGAAUCAUGGUGAAUUCGGUAUCAUUUUGGUGUUAAUAUCAUUUAUGUUAAUAAAUGUGUAGUUUUCGAGACCCUUUCGUUAUUUCUCCUGUGUUAGUUCCUUCGGUUUUUAUAACCUUCGUCACACCUUGUUCGCACAAGAGACGGAUUAUCCGUCUAAGGCGAAUUUUCUGUCGGAAAAUCCGUUUUAGGUUAACAUUUGAAAACGUACGGGACGGUGUUCAUUUAAGACGAAUAAUCAGCCUGAUUUUCUCCGUCUGUUUAUCCGUCUACAGUAGACGUAUUUCAGUGGCAUGCAUUCGAAAUACGUUGGGCUGUAUGACUUAUAAGUUGUUUUGAUAGUCGAGGCAGACGCAGGAAACGUUUCACUUUAAUAUGAAGCUUCCUUUGUUAUUUUCUUUCACAAGAAUUGUAGCGCGUCCGCGGGCUGCGUCUUGAUUCAGUUUUGGUUUGGUGUAAGGACGGAAGACGCAAGACGCAUUGAGAUAGUUUCCAACAACGUAAGACGCGUGUUUGAAGUGGUCCUUCCUAGUUGAUUGCGUGUAUUUGUAGUUGACGAACUACGAAUCUUUACGUCCGGUACUUCUUCCCAGUAUUAGGAAAAGAACAGAACAUUUCAUUGAAGAGCUUAUAUCCAAGAGGGCUUACAACCAGGAUAUAAGUUUUGUUGUAAGAGACCUGAUCCUGUAACCAAAGAUCAUUUAUCCACAUGUUGCUUCAUCUCAUCAUUGAUCUUAUUUUUUUACUUUUACUUUUUUAUUUCUUGCCAGAAAAGUAUGUGCAAUCGUUUUUAUUUCUAAAACAGUGGCAUUUUACAUUUUGCUUGCAUAAUCCCCAUUUAAACUGUAGCUGCAGAAAAGAGGUUGGUGGCGUAAAACAAGACGGGGUUUUCAGGGUGAAACUAGUUUUUCACCCGGAAAAAGUCAUAUUUUAAGCAAACGUACAGCCUGAUUCUCAGACGUCCGAGGUAGUUCGCGUGAAUGACGUCGGACGUCUGAGAAUCAAGCUAGUAAAAGUACAGUUCACGAAAAUUGAUUUCGUAUAGAUUCACCGAAAAAUUACUUUCUUUUGAAAUACCCCUACAGCCUGUCGUAAUAAGUGUUGGCCUUGACUUGAAAAUCAGAAUUUGUUCCUAUUCAAUUGUGUGGAAAUUUGAUAUUCAGACACCGAGAAGUGGGUUGAAAAUCUCAGCGUAGCCGAGUUUUUAAGGACCGACUUAGAAGUGUAUGGAUAUCGGAUGAAACACCGAGUGGAGUGUUUCAUUUAGCCUCUCAAAUGAAGAAUUGAUAAUUGUUGAAGAAAUUCAAGGCUGAAGUAAUUUUUUGGUAAUAGUGCGUCAUUAUGUGCCUUACAAUUUCAGACUUUUUAGCUAGAAAACCUCAAAAAGACCACUGAUGAACCCCAAGAGCUCCUGUGAACACUGGGCUUUUCAAAGUAGCGUGGAAUUUGGUCUUAGAUUUCUUGGUUCCUAUGUUCAAUACUAUAUAUCAGGUGGAAAAUGAAGGUAGCGUCUGGGUAACUGUUUAGUGUUACUUUUCUGCAUCAGUUUACAUUUCUUAAGUGCUGUGGUCUUCUUUGGCGGAACUACAGUGAUUCUAUUUGAAAUCUACUUUUGUUAGUCUUUGCCAGAACUAAUUGUAUUUGAAAUUUACUUAAGCAAGCUUUUAGUAAUACAAAAACGUUAUUCGCUUAAAACAAACGUUCGUGACACGGCUUUAAAAGCCUAACUAGUUUUUCUGUUAUAUUACUAUUUACCUAUCAGAACACCAUCUUCAUCAGCUGUGUGGUAUUUACUUCUUCAGUAUAUUUUUGCGCGCUUAGCCUCUACACUUCAAUUAUCCGCUGAUGUUAAAUACACAUUAUUGAAGCUCUAAUACAAAGAUAAACUAAUACAGUUCAACUUGAUCAUAUCUUUUGAUUUACAGCAGUGUUUUAACUAUGUUUUCUGAGAGCCGUUACUUGUACAUGGAGCUACAGCCUUGUAUUAAAAUUUUAAAAGGCUGCAGUAAGCUGUAAAAGGGACUGGACCGGGGAGCUUCAUAGCUUGGCAGAAAAUUACGCUUUUCUGGCUUAAACUGGCAGCUCUCCACCCCCACCCUCUCAUGUCAUGGGGUGUUCCUAAAACGGAGACUCAGAAAACGAAGACCUACGACCUUCGAGCUAAAACGAAGAAGUGGAAGACUUAUCAGUGAAAGACCUCUAACACUUCUAGUUGCGGUCGUAGAUUUUGUGUACUAAACACCUUCUAAAGCUGAGAACACAAAAACGAACUGGAAUGUGUGAUGUGCAUUCAGAGAUUGUGCAGUUUUCCCUGAAUGCUAUUUUACGUUGACGUACGUUAAAGCUAAAUCAACAAUAACUGUGUUUUUAAUGAAGACCUUCAUUCUCUUAUACAUUAGCUUUUACGCAAACUAGCGUCAAUGUUAUCUCAGUACUCUAUUCUAGGUAAACAUGCAUCGAAGGGGCCAUAGUUUUUGGUGCCAAGCAACUAUUUGCGCCUUUCCUCCUCCUCUGAAUUUAAAAACUUUGUAAUUUCUAUAACCUUAACAUUCCACGUGACAAAAGUGGAAAAGGCAAGGGUUUGUAGUACACUCAACUUCUUUAGAGAAAAUAUUACACUAAUUAUAUAAGACGCCUUUUAUGGCUACCGAACAAUAGCUGCUACCCCAAUGAAAGAAACUAGACACUCUUACCAUUAGCCUUCACUUUAGAUUUGUAAAUGUUGUUUGCCGAAGUACUUGCUUUAAAUAAGGUUUUCCUCAUUUGGAUAGCUAUUCUGUCCUUACCGUCGGUCUUAGUGGGGCCACGUUAGAGACUUUUGGAACUUCUAUUCCAGGUACAAAUCAGUGUUUUUUCCUCGCUCGUGUCAUUUUCAAAUUGUAGAUGCUCGGCAAUUCAUUUUUAAGAAGAAAAAGGAUGAGUAUUUAGAUGCGAACUUUCUCUUCGAUUAUAAAAAACCCAUUCUUUUACAACAACUCUGCAGCAUCGGUCGAGGUCUCACCCUGUGGUUAAAUCGUAUCUAUUUUUGUUUGUUUGUAUUCCAAUUUAUAUCGUGUUUCUUAUAAUUCAGUUCAGAAACUAGAGAAACUCGUCACCUCUCCCCUAAGACACAUUUAAUCUUUCCACAGUAGAUAAUGAACGUCUCGUAUUUGUAUGUAUAUCUCACGACGAUGCCUUUACUACGUAUCCUUGUCUUUUGAUUUGCUAAACUGCGUUGCUUUAUAUGUCUAUCACCUUACUAGAAAUGGCCCUUAACUACCUUGUGGUGUUUUGUGGAAUAGCCCUUGCAGUGAAUCGGCCAAGCGAUGCUAAAUUGUCUAAUGACGACAAGAAACCUCCAAGCGAGAUUGAGUCACUUCGCCAGAUUGUAGGUGCCCUGUCCCGUCAAGUGAUGCUGCAGCAACUGUUUGUUGAAGAACGUAUUAGAUCUGAUGGGGACUCUGGAGUGAAGCAACUACGUCUUGGUAGCGAAGGAACACGUAACUACUACGCAGAAACCCAUGGCACCCCAAGAAGGCUCAUGGCCAUCCACGAACAUGCCAACAACAUCCGCACGGUCGGUCUGGGUGAAUUCAUUGGCGUCCUUAAUGGAGUAGAAUUCAGGACCAGGCACAAUGACUACCGACUCUACAUGCCAAGCAAAACCAGCAAAGACUACCAUGCAACGGAGCCCAUUCCUUUCCCACAAGUUCCACCAGAGGUAAAAAGUAAAGCUUCCGUGGACGAACAGAUUGUCGAGAUGCGCGAAUGGUUUAAGGCAUGGAAAUCUCAAGAUUACUCCGUUAGAGAUUACCGAAAGUAUUUCAAGCCUGUCCUAUGCUAUCUCGAGGGCGCAUGGACCACAGCAACAAAAGACAUCGACGAACCGUUUGAAAGUGACAGACAUUUUAUUGAUGCAAAAAGCUGGUUUGACCUUCAAGAGAAAAUUCGCUUUACGUCCUACACUGGUAGGAAAAGCAAUCUUGAGAACUAUUCUUUUCUGCCCACUACCAUCAUUGACAUAAUCAACGGAACAAUCCCUGCUUUCGCUCAAUGGAAUUAUCGCAUUCUUUGCCAUCCAUUAAGUCGUGACGUUCCUUUGAACAGGUUUCGCGUGGUAGACGAGUUUCAUACAAGGCUUCCUUACUAG